CAACCUCCCCUCCUCUCACAUAAAUCCAUCCCCCUCUCGCUUCCCUUCUUUCACUCCUCCAUCCCACCCACAAGAAACGAGAGACGAACCAACGCCAAAACCGGAACUCCUCCCCUCUCUCCUCCUCCCUUCUUUCGGCUUCUCUUCUCUUGGAUCUCUCCUCUCUCUUCUCGCUAGUUACUAGCACUGCACUAUUACACUAUGGGUAGGUCUCCAUGUUGUGAGAAGGCUCACACCAACAAGGGAGCUUGGACAAAAGAGGAGGACCAACGGCUCAUCGCCUACAUCAAAGCCCAUGGAGAAGGCUGCUGGAGAUCCCUCCCCAAGGCUGCAGGUUUGCUUCGAUGUGGCAAGAGCUGCCGUCUCCGGUGGAUAAACUACCUCCGGCCCGAUCUUAAGCGUGGUAAUUUCACCGAGGAAGAAGACGAGCUCAUCAUCAAGCUCCAUGCCUUGCUUGGUAACAAAUGGUCUCUGAUAGCCGGGAGGCUACCAGGACGGACCGACAACGAGAUCAAGAACUACUGGAACACCCACAUCAAGCGGAAGCUCCUUUCCCAAGGCCUCGACCCCCAGACUCACCGGCCGGUCCGCUGCGCCGCCCCCUUCGCCAUCCCUCAGCAACAAGAGGCCCCCACCGCCGUCGCCAAGCCCGUGAACUCCGCCGACGAGGGCCAAAGCUGCGGCACCAGCCUCGACGAGGACCGCAUCCCGGACCUCAAUUUAGCCCUCUCUAUCAGCCUCCCUUACCACUCUCCCAGAAGGUCCUCCUCACCUUCAGAGGCCUCAGCAACAACACCAGCCGCAGCAACGUCCAGAAGUAGUUACCCUCAACCCAUCUGCUUAUGUUGCCAUCUCGGAUUUCAAAGCAGCGAAGCUUGCGGUUGCCAAACUUUUCCAAACUCACACUCGCAUGUCUAUAGGUACAUUAGACCAUUGGAAGAAGGGCAGCACAUAAAUUACUCUAGUAAUUAAGCUUGUGUUGCACUCUUCUUUCUUGAUCAUAUUAGCCCACAGAGAUGAGAAAAUAUGUUUUGGCUCUGACAUGCUCUAGACCAAGACUCCCCUCUGUUCAUAUCAUACACUAUUAUUGUAUGCAGUCUUCAGUAGUUUGGGUGCACAAAAACCGAAGCUAAGCAUGAUAAGGUUUGUGUGAAA